CGUGAAGAAAGUGAUCUUAACACGAAAAUAUCGUAAUUGAAAUAAAGUUUUUUUAAAUAAUUCUUAAAAUUUCUCAAGCUACUACAAUACAGUAGUCAAAACUACGUAAGAGAGAGUUAGAACUGUGGUUAGAACUAGGCGUGGAAUUGAGAUAUUUUCGAGAAAAUCAUAAGGUAUAAAAAUUGAAGAAACUUUCAACAACAACAAAAAUGCUUUUAAAGUUAACUUUUAUCAAAAAUAAACAGCUGAAGAGACUUCUUGAACAUGGUACAUAUCUGACAAUAAUAUUUGUGUUAGUGCCAGCGUUUUUAUAUUUUGAACUAUGUGUAGUGUUACCGACCGUGGUACAGGAGUGGACUAUACCUUACUAUUUACAUUACACAUGUGCAACAUUUUUAUUAAUGAAUAUUUUAGGAAAUAUGAUUUUUGGUAUGUUCACUGACACUAGUAUAAGAGGUAAACAUUUGGACUCUGAAAACAAAGAUGAUUGGACCAUGUGUGCUGUGUGUGAGUGCUUAAGGCCACCUCGAGCUUGGCACUGUGAUACUUGUGAUAUUUGUAUCUUAAAAAGAGAUCAUCAUUGUACAUUCUUCGCCUGUUGUGUCGGUUAUUAUAACCAUAGAUACUUUAUGUGCUUCACUUUCUAUAUUUUUGUUGCAAUGUUUUAUUCUUUUUACUACAAUAUAUUUUUCUUAAGCAAAUUUUUAAAAUGGAAUCAAGGCCUUAUUAUAGGAAAGUUUGUGUUCCCACUUGCAACCUUUGUCAUAGAUUUUGGGGCUGAGAGUAUUUAUGUAUUUUUAGUUGAAAUAAAUUUUAUUGUAGGUGUGUUCACUGGUUUCCUGUUUUUUUACCAUUUUAACAAUUUAAUCAAAGGCAAGGUGACACCUGAAAGAAAAUCAAGUUCUAAGGAAAUUUCAUAUAAUAAGGGCUUAAAAUUGAACCUUAUUGAAGUGUUUGGAUCUAAAUGGUACCUUACAUGGAUCUCCCCAUUUAUAAAUAGUCCACUGCCAGGCAAUGGCAUUGAAUGGGCUGUUGAAAAUAAGUGUCAAUAACAUAAUUAAUAUUCUGAGCAUAAAAUGGCUUGUUUGUUGAAAGGUUUAACAAUUUCUAACUUAUUUCUAGUCUGAUGUAGUGAUUUUUGACAGCUAGUUAAUCAAAACUUUUUCUAAGGGUCCAAAGUAAAAGUAGAAAAUAAUAUUGUUAUAGGAAAAGUCCAUAUUUAUUAAUAAUUUAUAUUAUAGAUUAUUAUUAAUAUUAUGUAACCAUUUACUGAUGAACUUAUAUUAUCUCAAAUGCACAAUAAUUAUAGCUGCUGCGCUUAGUGUGUUAAGUUUUUUAUUGAUUUAAUAUUCUUAAUAAGGAUAAAGAUAAAUUUUAUGAUGUUUCAUACAUUUCAAUUCAAUUCAAUUUCAUUCAAGCAUUUAAUCUGAAGGAAUAAAAAUGAAUAGGUACUGCCUGCCUGCUCUUUUCAUUAUAUAUAAAUGUAAUUAAUAAACAUGUAUUUUUAAACUUAUUUUUUAACUAGAAAUUAUAUUAUGAACUAUGUUUGUGCCAAGUAUUGGUGCUUGUUUACAAAAAUAUUGUCAUGAUUAUGUAGUAUGUGGUACUUACAUUUAAAAUUAUUAAAAACAAUAAUAAAAAGCCUAUGUACCUGUUACUCUGAUACAUAUUAAGCUACAUCAUUGCCAUCACUUAAUAAAAACUCGUUCUGUUGUUUUUGUGUGAAAGAGCUACUAACAUACAUACAUUCUCAAACUAUCAAAUUGUAAUUUUAGUAAAUUAGGAAAAAGACAUGUUAUGUAUGUGGAUUGAAAAUGGCACGAAAAAUUAAAAAAAAUACUGCAUUACUAAUAGCACAAACUUACAUAUAGAACUGCAUAAAAUAUGUAAAUAAAUCUAUUAUGUAUUCAAAUAGAAUUAAUGCAUAUUAUAAUAUUCAAUCCAUAUAUAGGCUACAUACUACAGAUUCAGGUCUUUAGGAGUGCUCUAUAUACAUAAUACAUACCUAAUUAUGUUGGUUAUUUUAUGUGCCUUGAUAGAGAAAAUAAUUAUGUUUAAUGUCCGUCCAUUAAAAAGCUAUAAAGUUUU